CGUCACAUAAAUUAAGGAAAAUCGGACCUAACCAAUUAACAAUUUUCAAUCUCGUCCGGAGGCACAACAAACAAUCAACGAUCGAUGAUGAACGAGGAGGACGGCAAGCCCGGUGGCAGCAUCUUCAGCUUCGACCAAUGCAACCAAUGUCCCGGCCGCAAAUCCUCCGCCGCCGCCGCUUUUGCCAAUUUGACCGUAGAGAUGAUCGAGCUGGACCAGUCGUCGAAGGAGUACACCAGCUUCAAGAACCUGCUCCGCACGGCGUCCAUGUUGUCACCGGUCGGCCGCAAUUCCAGCUGGGAAGACAUCCCGCUCAAGGAUCCGAUCGUCAAGCAGGCCGCCUGGGCCUACUUGCAGCCGAUGACCCCCUCGGCGGGGGAAGAUUACCCCGGCGGGGGGAUUUUCGGGAUUUUCCGGAGGGCCAAGGAUAACAAGUCUCGAUUUUCCUCGCAUCAGGGUGAGUGCGGGUGCCUCGCGUGGCUGAACGAAGUCGUUGUGAAAGGAGUUUUGCAAUUGCUAUCGGGGAAGAAGAGAAUGGAGUUUUUGCCGGAAGAAGAGAAAGAGAACACCGUCGGCCGAGGAUACUGCGGCGACGGCGAGAAGGCUGACUGAAUUAGAAAAAGGAGGUUGACACUUGACUGUGGCACAAUUGUAAGUACGAAGUUGACUCCUUUUCUUCCCUUUUUCUUACUUCCACAGCUACUUUGGGAAUUGGGAUGGACUUCUUUGGGGGAGUUAACUUUAGAUAACUAGUUUGAUACAGUAAAUCAAUUGAACGAUU